AUGUCUGAUAUGUUGCCGUUAGCCACUUACAACUUAAAUGUUGAACCAUACGAACCAACGCCUGCUAUCGGUUUGGAUUUGCCUGUGACCAUUAGGAUCACAAUGGCAGCUAUCGACCCUGAAUCUUUGGAUGAUGAAAAGAAGCCUUCCACUUUGAGAAUGAUUAAGAGAAACCCAGAGUUUGGUGAGCAUGAUGAAGGUGAAGAUGAAGAGGAAGAUGAAGAUGACGAUGAGCAUCACCACCACCAUCACCACCAUGACGACCAUGAUCACGACCAUCACCAUCAUCAUCACCACGAUCAUGAUGAUGAGGAAGAAGAGGAACAAGAGAAAUCACAUAAGAAAGGUAAGAAGAAAGCACAUAGUAAGAAGGAUGAAGAAUCAUCUUCAGAUGAGGAUCUCGACGAUGAAAGUGAUGAAGAAAGUGACGAUGAUGAAUUUGAAGAAUGUAUUCUAUUAACCCUUUCUCCUGAGACUCAGUUUCAACAGGCAUUGGAUAUUACCAUUGCUCCCGAAGAAGAUGUCCAAUUUGUUGUUACUGGUUCCUAUUCUGUUUCAUUGACUGGUAAUUAUGUCAAGCACCCAUUUGAUACUCCAGUUGAAGAUGAAGGUGAAGAGGCAAGCGACGAAGAAGAAUAUGAUAGUGAAGAAGAAUUGACACCAGAAGAGGAAGAACUUAUCCAACAAAUAAAGGAUGAUGAAGCUGCCGAAGAGGAGGAAGAAGAAGAAGAAAUCGAGGAGAUUGAAGAUGAACUAGAUGAUGAUCAAUUAGAUGCUGAUUUGGAAGGUUUGGUUAAUGCUAGUGAUGUUGACUCCCACCUUGAAAAAUUAAUUUCCAAGGAUGAAAAGAAGGGUCAAAACAAGAAAAGAAAGCAAGAGGAAGAAGUCGUUGAAAAGACAAAGAAAUCAAAGAAAACUAAGAAAGAAGAGCCAUCAAAGGAAGAGAAGAAAGUAAAGAAAGUUGAGUUCAAGAAGAACUUAGAAGAGGGACCAACUAAGAAGAAACAAGAACCAAAAAUAAAAACAUUAGAAGGUGGAAUCGUUAUUGAAGAUCGUGUCGUCGGUCAAGGUCCAGGUGUUAAGAGAGGAGCAAGAGUUGGUAUGAGAUAUAUUGGUAAAUUGAAGAAUGGGAAGGUUUUCGACAAAAACACAAGUGGUAAACCAUUUGUCUUUAAACUAGGACGUGGUGAGGUUAUAAAGGGUUGGGAUAUCGGUGUUGCCGGUAUGGCUGUUGGAGGUGAGCGUAGAAUUGUCAUCCCAGCACCAUAUGCAUACGGUAAGCAAAAGCUUCCUGGUAUUCCUGCUAAUUCUGAACUUACCUUUGAUGUCAAGCUUGUUUCUAUGAAAUGA